CCUGCCCUGCUCGACCCUACAGAAGCCGAAGCGAAUAGAGCAUUCCCAGUCUGAUUUCGCUUGCCACGCCGCCGGGAAGGGAGGACGAAGCCAGCAGCCAUGGCGGCAGCGACCUUCCCCUCCCCAUCCUCCGCCUCUGCCGCCGCGGUGCGGACCCUAGCCCGCUUCCUCUCCCCGCGCUACCCGCUCCACCUCUACGCCUCCCGCCGUGGCCGCCACCACCCCCUCGCCGCCGCAGCGUCGUCCGGGGCCCUCCGCCUCCGCCGCCCGCUCUCCGCCUCCGCGGCCUCCGAGGGGAACAACGGCACCGUUCCCGCGGGAGGUGGGGGGAGGGAGUACGACUACGACCUCUUCACCAUCGGCGCCGGGAGCGGGGGCAUGCGGGCGUCGCGCGCCGCCUCGUCGUUCUACGGCGCUCGCGCCGCCGUCUGCGAGAUGCCCUUUGCCACUGUCGCGUCCGACGCUCUCGGCGGCGUUGGUGGCACAUGUGUGCUCCGGGGCUGUGUUCCAAAGAAAUUGAUGGUGUAUGCAUCCAAAUAUUCUCAUGAGUUUGAAGAGAGUCGUGGAUUUGGGUGGAUGUAUGAGGCUGAUCCAAAGCAUGACUGGAGAACUCUGAUAGCCAACAAGAAUUUAGAGUUGCAGCGCCUCGUAGGAAUUCAGACAAACAUGCUGAAGAAUUCAGGGGUUACUAUAAUUGAAGGCCGUGGAAAGAUUGUUGAUUCACAUACUGUCAGUGUUGAUGGGAAGCAUUACACUGCCAAAAACAUACUUAUUGCUGUCGGUGGUCGACCGUCCAUGCCAAACAUCCCAGGAAUAGAGCAUGUCAUUGAUUCUGAUGCUGCAUUGGAUUUGCCUUCUAGACCUGAGAAGAUUGCAAUAGUGGGAGGUGGAUAUAUUGCUUUGGAGUUUGCUGGUAUUUUCAAUGGUUUGAAGAGUGAUGUUCAUGUUUUUAUCCGGCAGAAGAAAGUGCUAAGAGGCUUUGAUGAGGAGGUCAGGGAUUUUGUUGCUGAACAGAUGUCUUUGAGGGGUAUCACAUUUCAUAUAGAACAGACUCCUCAAGCAGUAACUAAAUCAGAUGAUGGUUUGCUGUCUCUGAAGACGAACAAUGGAACUAUCGGUGCGUUCUCACAUGUUAUGUUUGCAACAGGUCGAAAACCAAAUACAAAGAAUUUGGGACUCGAAGAGGUUGGGGUCAAAAUGGACGAGCAUGGUGCUAUUGUGGUUGAUGAGUAUUCUCGGACCUCAGUUGAUUCAAUUUGGGCUGUGGGGGAUGUCACUAAUAGGCUGAACCUGACUCCUGUUGCAUUAAUGGAAGGCGGGGCAUUAGCAAGGACAAUAUUCAGCAAUGAACCUACCAAACCAGAUUACAGUGCUGUGCCAUCCGCGGUCUUUUCUCAACCACCAAUUGGACAAGUUGGCCUUACUGAAGGGAAGGCUAUCAAAAAGUAUGGAGAUGUUGAUGUCUACACAGCAAACUUCAGACCUCUCAGGGCUACUCUUUCUGGGCUACCUGAUCGUGUGUAUAUGAAGGUUAUUGUGUGUGCUAAUACAAACAAAGUCCUUGGAGUACACAUGUGCGGUGAAGAUGCACCUGAGAUUAUUCAGGGCAUUGCAGUUGCUGUUAAGGCUGGGUUGACGAAGCAAAAUUUUGAUGCCACUGUUGGUGUUCACCCAACGACCGCUGAAGAAUUUGUCACAAUGAAGAACCCAACUAGGAAGGUCCGGAGAGAUACUUCAGCUGAGGGAAAGACUCAAGAUGAGGCUGUAAGUCAGAAGUAGAUUAUACUCGUUUUUCAUAAUGAGACAUUCUCGGAGGCGGCAUACCCAAACCUAAUCAGCAUCUAAUUGCAGGGACAACGGACAGCUAACUGUAUAUUAGAGCAGCAUUUGUGAAAUCCACGAUGGCAGCUAGCGAAGAACCGAGAUGUUAUGGCAAUGAUCAACUGUCUCAUGCCGCAUUGUUUUUGCAGCCUGUUGUUGAAAUAACUGCUAGAGAUCUUGAUAUACUCCACAGCUUGGAGGAAAUGAAGUUUCUUUCUUUCUUUUGUACUAAAUAACGCCAUCGUGGUUUAUGUGUACAUAAUAACGCGCGGCUCUUGCAUGCAUCGGCCGCAUUUCGCUU